AUUGGUGGAUAAAGUUUUUCUCAGAUGCUGGUAUUCCUUCAUUUGCAUCUUCAAAAUAUGCCACUAUUUUCUAUGAAAAUAGAAUUCAGUCUAAUAUGUUAAUGGAUUUAGACAAAGAUAUUCUCAAGGAAAUGGGUAUAACAGUUGUUGGUGAUAUAAUUGCGAUCCUUAAACAUGCAAAAGAUGUAUAUAGAGAGGGAUUUUAUGAUGGUUACAAUUCUAAUGCAGUGGAAAGUUUAAUAACUAAGAAAAUUCAGAAUGAAGUCAAUGAAACUUUACCUCAAAAAAAAAAAAUAGUUACCAACAAAGUAAAAAAGUUAGUUACCAAGAAGGUCAAAGUCUCCAGUGAAAGUGAAGAGGAUGAAGAAGCACACUUGAAAAUAGUGAAGAAAAAGAUUCCUUCACAAUUAUCAAACAAUUCAAUUAAAGUUGUGACUAGGAAAGUAGUUCCUAAGUCUAAAACUACAAUUAAAGUUAAACCAGUUGCUAUAGAAAGUGAUGAUGAUUCCCCUCCACCAUCUGAAUUGAAAACUAAGAGCUCAGUUUUUGAUCGUUUGGGUGUAGGUGAUGUAAGCAGUACAACUCCUAACUAUGAUAGUAAUAAUUCACCCACAGACUCGAGAAAAUCAUCUGUGUUUAAACGUCUUGGAGUCAAACAACCCAGCGAACCUGCUGCUAGUGCGACAUUCAAACGUACUAUUAAAGGAUCAAGUGACGUAUAUUAUGGACCAAGUAUUCCAACUGAAGAAACUAGUGCUUUCUCAAAAAGAAUAAAACUGGAAGAAACAAGUUUUAACUCUUCAAAGUCUGUAUUUGAACGUAUUGGUGCAUCAUGUGAUCGUGAAAAAAGUAGUCCAGGUCUUGUUUCCAAAAGUGCUCUUAUAAGAAAUGCUAACUCGGGCGGAAGACCAAUUUAUGUUAAUCCGAAGGUAUUGAAUGUUAAAAAGUUGAGUCUGUUAAACCAUUCACACUUUCGAAGUUCAGAUUUAGAAUGAUACCUAAGCAUAUAGUUUGAAGAUCAUUUAUCUUUCAAUUCAUAACAAUGUUUUGCAUAUAAUUUUUUUUUCAUCAACUUUAACAAAUACAUAAUUUUUAAUUUUAAAAAUGCCUAAUGUUGGUUUGUUUUUUUUUAAUCUUAUAAUGACUUAAGAUAUGGAUUACUUAUUAUUAUUUCUAUUAAAUAAAAUAAUACAACAUUUAGGUAUGUAUUAUAUUUUUUUAUUUUUUCAAUAAAUUAGCUUAUUUUAAUGAGUAUUUUUUUAGAGUGUUGAAUAUAUGAAUAAUGUUAUCCAAUUACUGGAUUGGAUUAUUGUAAUAAUUACUUAUAGUAUGAAAAUAACUAUGUUUAUCCCUUUAUUUAAUGAUUUGAAGUACUAACAUGUGUAUUUUUAUUUUCUGAUUAAAAUUUGUUCAAUAUUAUUGUUAAUUUUAUAUUUAAAUAAUUUAGGGACUGUUUUCACAUCGAAUAGUAACUUAAUAUAUUAAUUUGAAAUAUAUUUUUUGUCAGAAUA